GUUUUUCUUGAUCAUGUACUCGUUCAAUGACAUUGACAGUGAUACGUUGAGCAGCAUCCUGGGAUGGGUCUCAAUUGCAUGCUGGAUCGUAGUAUAUUCCCCUCAGAUAUACGCAAAUUACACAUUGCAGUCAGGAGAGGGCCUGAGUCUCGUCUUUGUUUACGUGUGGCUUUUGGGCGACAUAACGAACAUGACGGGUGCCAUUCUUGCUGGUCUGUUGCCUACUAUCAUUAUUCUUGGUCUAUACUACACGUUGUGUGAUAUAAUUUUACUGGUUCAAGUUUACUACUAUCGCAAGAAAGCCACCAGGUCCCUUGCGUUCGAAGGCGUUGAAAGCGAGGAAACUCCUCUAUUACCAAACAGCGCCAAUAACCAAACCAAAAAUGACAUGACCUCAGUGAAAGGACUCGCUCUUCGAUACGCUGGCGCGCUGAUCUUCGUUGUAGUCACCGGAGUAUUAGCGUGGUGGAUCGGUAGCAACAUUGAGAUGGAAGAAAAACUUCCAAAGCGCCAUAGUCUUUUCAUGGUUUGGGCAAUCCAAAUUUUAGGCUGGACAAGUGCAAUUUGCUACCUAGGCUCAAGAAUUCCGCAAAUCAUCAAAAAUUUCGGCACUCGAUGUGAAGGCCUUGCUCCUGCGCUAUUCUUCUUCUCAAUUCUCGGCAACGCGACUUAUUCUCUAUCUAUAUGUGUCAAGAGCAUGGAAAAAGAAUACCUCAUCACCAAUGCUAGCUGGCUUGCAGGCAGCGCGUUGACAAUAUUCUUGGAUCUCGUUGUCCUAUCCCAGUUCUCCUACUUUCGUUAUAUAGCUCUCAAACGUGUCGUCCGGAUUCUGCCAGCCGAAAAUAUACCACAAAGAGAAUCAUAGAUGCAAGUAACAUUGAGCUUGGACUACGCCACUAGAGAACGGCGCUAUGUGGUUCAAUUGGAUAUUGAUUUGUACUUAUCUAGCGUCAGCAAGCCGAAGUGAUAGAUUGUUAUACAUAGUCUUGUUGGCCCAACAAAAUGGUGGGAAGACUGAAAUGGAAAAUGGACAACGUGAACUUU